UUUGUCUUUAUCUUUUCCACUUGUUUGGUAAGCUAAAGAGUACAAAUACAAAAAAAUAUGGAAUUCUAAUAUGAAAUGACAAGAAGCCGCAUAUUCUAUGCGCAUGAGAUAUUACAUUCGCCGGAGCAAAAAUCAAUCAUGCAAGUCAUGACAAUGAGAGAUAACUGUCAGUUCUAAGGGAAACACCCAACGACGCUGCCAUUCUGUUCUUCUCCACCAGCUCUGUAUCUCUUUUAUUUUGCGGCGGGAAACAUUUGCCAGAAACCCAACACAGAAAGGGAGAGAUGGUGAAGCAAUUCCCGGCAACGGAUGCGUGGAUGCGGGAGGCGGUUGAGGCCUCCCAGUUGAUUGAUGAUCUUGAGACCAGGAUCAAGAACUGCAGUCCCGACCAUCUUAUUGGGCUCAAAGACUCUGCGAAGCCGAAGCUUUUACAGCUCGGGGUGAAGCUCGAUCGCCUUGAGUCUCUGUUGCACAACCCGCCCUUGAAGCCCAUCUUAACCGAGACGGACAUAGACUUGAGAUGGAAACUGCUGUCGGAUAUUCAGCUCAGGAUGAGAGUGGUGGCUCUCACUCUCUUUGCAGUACGUUCCACAAACAGGCCUGAAGGUCUACAAAAUGCUGCAGACACCGAAGAAAUCAGAAGAUCUCGGAGCAUUCAUGACUGUGACAGCAUGGCAACGACAUUAUCAAGAGAUGAUCCCGAGAUGCUCAAGCCACUCAUAUUACCUGAUGCCACUCAGAGCCAGACACAGGUACCUACCUCGACUCGGCAUUACACAAACAGUUACAUUUUGCAGAUAAAAGAAUGCGGCUCAUCCAUGUUGAAAACUUGCUUGCGGAAAGCUUGCUGGACCGCUGGCAUGAUUCUAGGAGCUUUUGCACUUCUGUUCGCAUUGUUCGUCCUCUGCACACUCGUAUGAGGAAAAGAACUCCCCCACCCGCCAUAUAUAGAUCUGUCGGAGUCUUAUACAGCCUUGGAUCUCUCUUAUUUUGGAUAAAUAUCAUAGGCUUGAAGUUGAAGUUACUGUUAUAGAUUUUGCAUCCCAGAGAUCAGAUGCUAGAAUUACGGAUGCCAUUCCGAGUUCAGCCUCAGCAUCGAUCAAAGAACCGAAGCAGACAUGUUUAAGCAUAAUUUGUGCUCUUAGUUCCGCAUGAAGGCAAAUAAUUGUGUUUUUGUUGAGAAGAAACAUAUCGACCAAGUCCGGCAUGUAGUAUUUGAGCAUAUAUGGUCGCAAUUAUCUAUUCAACUUGCGUCACGUCAUUAUU